GGAGAGAGGAAACCCUUCUCGAGCCGUUGUUGAGUUACAAGCACACGAGACAACACAGGAUUUCUUUUGAGAGCCCCAUGGGUAUGGAGAGUAACGAGAAGUAGCUGUGGCCAUUUUACGAAGAAGUCUACUUGUACUUCUACUUAGACUCACAUGAUAGAAAUACCUAGUGCUAGUUUGAGUUUGUUUGGUUCCUCCAUAAUUACUCGCAGGUUCUGGGGGGAGGGGGAGCAGAGCAGACUAUUGACCUACCUGUAACUGUUGUCAGCUAGCUUCUUUCACGACUGAUCCACGCUUCGCCACAAGCGUGCUCGAAGUAACGAAACUUCAGUUGCAUCCAUUUUUUUUUAUAUACAACCGGUUAGUUUUUACCUCUAAAGUCUUAGCCCUGCACCAGCAAUAUAUACUGGCUUUUUCCUUCCUUUGUCCUUCAUUGCUCUCUUUCAGAGCAUCUGAAUUUUCCAAUCCCAACCUGCUUAAUAGACAAGAAGCAAAGUGAAGAGUUUGACAUCAAUUUCAGUUCUUUCUUCAAAGCAACUCGAACAAACCAAACCAGCAAGAAAGAUGUCACGUCGUGUGUUGAAGUCUGCUAUCUUGUUCAGUCCGUUUUGGUCUGCCUUUGGUCAGGACGCGCCUCCGCCGCCCCCGCCACCUGAGGGAGGCGAGGAGGCUCCGCCACCACCGCCGCCACCACCACCACCAGAGCCGGAAACCACGACGACAACAACGACGACUUUAUGAACUGGGCCCUUGAGUAUGAUUGCGUGAGACGUAGCGUCUUCUCAAACUAAGAUGAAGGCAGCCUUUUUUACUUCGAUCCGCACCGCCAUCUGCAAUUGAGUUUGUAAGUAUGAAUUCCGAUUUUCCUCAUCAUUUCCACCCCACGCCUUGUUGUUCUCUUCCUAGCUUCAUACCCGACCACCACAACUACGACCACAACAACGACAACCACGACCACUGUUCCGACCACAACGCCAGCACCUGCGCCUCCGCCGCCAAGACAAGCGCAAGAGGCUUUUGUGCCUCCAACGCAAACGGCACAAGCUGCAGUCUCAAAGGAUACUCCAGAGAAAUACAUCUUCACACCGGCAAAUCGUAAUAAAGGAAAUAGCUUGAGAAGUAUGCGAAAGCACGACUUGUAGUUGGUCCUUUGCGAUUUUUCAUGAACAUGAAGAAAUCUUUGUCGACUGCCGAGAAAUCUUUGUCGACUGCCGGCACUUGCACAAAAAUCCAAGUGUUUGUGUUAUAUCACCGUACCCAUACAGCACCUAGAAGUUCCCUAUGCAGCUAUAAUAUCACAGUAAAAAGUACCCAUAUGGAUAUGCAGCGCCUACUUCAACUUCCCUAUAUAAUCCAUUAGGUAAGAAAGUGAUCCGUUUUGAAUGGGAUGAUAUGCCGAUUCGUCGUGACGGGUUGCAAUUCAAGGAUCAGUGCCAGAACUGCAACGCUGCAGGUGUCACGCAUAUGCUCACCACAGAGGGUUUCCAUCCACACAGAGGUUUCGGAAUCAUCAACUUUCGUACCUGGACCUGCGGUAACUGGAUCGCAGAUACGUGGAUCAGCCGCAUUGAGAGGGGGGAGAGUGCGGUAAGAUUUUUUUUUUACCUGUCCUCGUUGAAUUUUACAUCGUUUAAUGCCUAUCCUGAUUUGUCCUAAAACUAUUUCCGACUACUCGUCUUAAUAUUACUAAUACAUAGAAGAUUUGGUCUUUUUAUCAGGAGGAUUAUGAAAUUUAAUGAACUUGCUUGUCGUGGAUCCUCAGAUUUAGAUCACCAAAUCAACUUCAUUUGCUAAGCGUCUCGAUCAUCAGAAUUCAGUCCAGAAGAACAACUUAAUCAAGCACUUUCGUCACAGGCCCAACCCGAUUGCGCAGCAGCUAUGAAAGCAUGGCAGACGGGAGGUGGUGACCUGGAUUAUCGCACUGAAGAUGGCGGAACUCCGACCCCAAUGUCCGCUGUGGCUGCAAGGUAUAGUGUUAGGUUAAUGACGUACAGGUACAAGAAGAUGUAGAUAUUAUGGAUGUCUUCAUAGUUGCAGGCUGCAAGAGCAAGAUGACCUGGAUCUUCAUGAAAAACGCAAAAGUUCUUAGUUUUCCGACGGAAACCCUCGAGUAUUUUUUCGACAUCAAAUCACAUCACUCACAACACUAUCAAAAAGGCUCGGCGCCAAGGGUAUCCCGAUGAUGCAAGAGCUGUUGACAAUGGGAGCCAAGGGUCACAUCGGAAACGAUCACAAGGGCCACGAUCCUUGCCUGAAACACUGCAUGAAAGCGCAUGAACAUGACAAGGUACAUUUUUUCUUGAUUAUAGUUCUACUGAGUUCAGCUUCAGUACCACUUUUUUUUCAUUCUUCUGCCAUUCCCAAUAUCUAAUCCGAUAGCCAUGAUUCAACCUGCUUUUUAACAUUUUCCCCUACUACAAUUACAAAUCAACAGAACAUCGACUCAGCCGAGAAGGCGGAUUCGAAAAAAUUUUGCGACUUCGUGAUGACCAACAAGCUGAUUUCGCCAGCUACGGAGCAGCAUGUCCACCGCGAAGACUCGAACUACCAUCACCUGGCACACAUCCGCAAGACGUACAAUGUGCGAGCUUUGUCCGGCGAUGACCGCCACUUCGUCAGCACGGGGGCGAAGACGGGUGAGUUGUAAGGUGAUUCUAUGUCGCUGUUAGUGAUAGAGUAGUAUGAAGUUGGUUGUUGUAGGAACAGGAUCAUUAGGAAACGGAUGGAAGGUGAGGUGGUUAGGGUAACCAGGGGAAGUGCGUUCACGUACUUUCCACUCCUACAUGUUACAACAUAGCAGAAAUAGUACCAGAAAAAUCAACAUUUACUUUUUCAACAAGAACAACAGGAACUAUAGAUGAAGAAGUGGAGGUUUACCGCCGAAAGACAUUCUGAAAAUUAAGUUAUCCCGUCAUCAAUAGGUGUCCUCUGUGUCAAUACCAGUCGUGUCUACUUACAAGAAAUUGCUCAACAUAUUUCAUCAAAAUUAAUUUCCUCCCUUAAUUUGCGGCUACAGGGGCAAAGCGCCCCCAAACCGUUCAGUGUGGAUUAAAGGCAGCCUUGUUGAUAGAAGAAAAAAUUGAACAAGUUUUUCGAGACAAGAUUCAACAGGAUUCCUGACAGAAAAACCAAGGUAAGGUCGUCUUCGUCAGCACAACUUCAGAUGAUACUGUCGUGGGUGUUAGUAGUAAGUACAACUCGUAUCGUCGGUUAGAAUAAGUUCUUCACUGUAUUCAUCUUCAACAUCAAAACAACAGCAAGCUGAAAAAAUCAAGCAAAAGAAACAAAGAAGCAUCUUUCUCGCUGGCAAAUGCUAGCCGAUGAGAGUCCUGCAUGCCACUGUCGUACUAUAAACUACUUGAAAGCAGUACUUCCUUGUGAUCGUAUCUAUCGGAUCAAGAAUUUCGUCUGAUUUUCGAUAUUGCGUGUUUAAUCGUGCUCAACAUGACGCGAACAAGACAUGAUCGCUUCGAGUUCAGGAGAUCUUUGUGUCCGUAUCCAUACCCAUUACUUUUGCUUUGUGCAGAAGAUCAAUGGCACCGUUCGUUCUUAUCAAU